AUGUUACCAAGAAAUUCUUUGCUUGCUCGAGAUGCCGACCCGGCCACACAAUACUUCAGCUCGAACCCAGCUCCUAAAUCCCUUCAGAGCCACACCACCUUGGCCAGAGAGUUCAUCAAUUAUCACCAUGGCGUUUCUCCUGAUCGAAGGUUAGUGCUUGUCACAUCGGGUGGUACAACGGUUCCCCUUGAGAAUCAAACUGUCCGUUUCAUCGACAAUUUCUCUGCAGGAACCAGAGGAGCCACCUCGGCAGAAUACUUCUUACAAGAGGGUUAUGCCGUCAUAUUCUUCCACCGGCAAUUUAGUCUUCUACCAUACAGUAGACAUUACAGUCAUAGUACCAACUGUUUCUUGGAUUUCAUGGAUGAAGAUGGCCUGGAGGGCAAACCAGGCAGUGUUGUUGUCCGGAAGGAAUACCAGGAGAAGAUGAACUACGUUUUGCAGCAAUAUCAUUCUGCCAAAAAGAACCGAAUGCUACUUUUAUUGCCGUUCACGACUGUGACUGAGUAUCUCUUUGAGUUACGAAGCUUGGCCACUCUUAUGCAGCCUCUGGGAAACCGAGCAAUGUUCUACCUUGCAGCAGCAGUGUCCGAUUUCUUUAUCCCAAGAGACAAAAUGGAAGAACACAAGAUUCAGUCGUCGGAGCAGUCAAAUGGUAAUAUCACUGAUCAGCCGACUGCUGGUAAGCAAUUGGUCAUCAAUCUCGACCCAGUACCCAAAUUCCUUUCUACCCUCGUAUCAGCAUGGGCACCCUCUGGCAGCAUGAUUGUCAGCUUCAAGCUUGAGACAGAUCCCGACCUACUCCUGUCCAAAGCUCAACAGUCUCUGCAUCGCUACCAUCAUGAUCUGGUCAUCGGAAACCUGCUAGCAACGAGGAAGUGGGAGGUGGUGUUCAUCUCCAAGGAAGGAGAAAAAUGGAUCCGUGUGCCAAAAGCGAGGCGAUCGAAGAGUUUCUCCGGUCUCGAAAAUCUGGUUGGAAAGAUCGAGGGGAAGGCAGAAGACACACCAGUCGACCUAGAUGGUGGUCAAGUCAAAGAAAGAUUGGAAAUUGAGAGCUUGAUAGUUCCAGAAUUAGUGGCUCUACACACGGAAAGAAUCGAGAAGACCGUCGAACCAAGAUGA